CAAGACUAGACAAUAUUUCAGUUUUUCAGUCGAUGUCAUUUGUUCUAUUUCUCGAUUUGUUUUAUAAAUCUAAAAUACUUCUAUAAAGUAAUAGGGCAGUAUAAAACUCCAUAUAAAUUGAGAUAAUCGAAACUACUGCAGUAUACAACAGUUUGUGUCUAAGUGAAGGCAAUGGAAUGUUGUAAAAAUCUAAUGUUUUGAAACGUAUAUCAACAAUGUCUUCGGGUCUAGAGCAUGAAGAUCUGGAGAAUGUUGCUCUCGUUAGAAUGGAGGAUGUACAACCGUCACGGGACAGGAUAGACAGGACCGUAGACUUGCAGAGCCCGCCUUCUGACGACGAGGAAAUAUUCGAGACGUGUAUUAUUGACAAAGUGGAGUACGACAAUGAAUGCGCGAUUGACGAUGAUAGUGACUCGAAUAUCGGAAGUAUGGUGUCCAUUCAAUCUGAGGAGAUGGUAGAGGAAGAAGAGGAAUCUAGUGAUACUUCAGAAUUGAUUGUUCCCGAGAUUUUGGACCCACCCACAGAGAUAAUAAAUGAACCAAUUCAAAGGCCAAAAGAAGUGAAGACCAAUGCCAAACCAAAUCAAUCAGACAGUUGGCCAACAUUAGAAAUAUUACCGGGUGGCGUUAUAAAAAAUGCUGUUGAUUGUGAGACGUUUCCCUCCAAAACUGCAGACAAGACUCCUCGGAAGGGAGAGAUGAUGUAUGCAUGUGCCAAGUGCCCUCAGGUGUUUAAAUACCUGUUCUGUUUGGUUAAACAUGUUAAAUGGCACGAGGAACAGGCCAAAAUGGUUGAUAGGACAGCUAAUUUAAAAAAGGGCGAAUCAGAAGAAUACGUUUGCCUGCACACAAGUAAGAAGAAAGUAGGGUUACCAGAUGCAAAGAAAAGCAGACGGAAACAACCAAAGAGGUUAAAGUCGUAGUAAUAAGUCUGACCAGGUUAUUUUUUAUUAAACAUUUUUAUAUAUAAUUUCCGCACACUCCACCGCCCCAUCGAAUUUAGUAAAUCAUUAGAUAGUUAAAAUAUUCAGUAGAUCUUUACUUUUUUGCAUUAAGGUACGUUUUGAAUUCAUUUCAUAGGCCGCACAUGACGCGACUGCUGUGUAUGUCUGUCUCAUGAACCGUGAUAAAGUUGAAAUUUUAACAGGAGAAAUUUCUGUUGCUGUUUUAACAACAAAUACUGAAAACUAGAAUAAAAUAUUUUUUUUAUUUUAUUCCGACAUGAAGCAUUUUGGAUAGAAGUGGCCGCAACACGUGCCGUUGCUGUCAGAUAUCUGAAGCCGAUUUCACGCAGGCGCGGCAUGUGCGGUCGGCAGCUAGAAUUCAAAACAUACCUUUAUUCUGUGUCCAGAAACUUUGGCCAAAAAUAUCCAUUCGUCCAUUUACACAUAGUUCACAAUAAAUAAUAUUCUGUCUGUCUGUGUUUAUAAUAUUGAAUGUUUCAGUGUUACAUGGUGUGUAUUUUAAAAGUAGAUCAGUCUUAUUAUAAGUUUAAUAUAUAAUAUGUUGUUAAUAAGUUGAUUUAAGUGCCUGAAGCUCAUACUUUCAAUUUUCAAAGACUUUGAUAUACUUGAAGAAGAAAGUUUCUAAUUAGUUUCGAAUUUGUACCUACUAAGGUGGCAAAAAGUUAGACAAAGAUUAUUUUACAUAUAUCAAAGUCUUUAGUUUAUUGGAAUGCAUGGGGCUUGUAAGACGAAUCGAAUUAGUAAUAUCGAUUACUAGAAAGAUACUAUCUGUUUUAUAGUAUGUACAAGCCUGGAACAUCGGAAGGUUUUAAUUACUGCAUGAAAUGAAAUUAAUUUAUUGACUAUGCGAUAGGUCUUACUUGGUCUUGCUUUUAUUUCAUAUGCUAUCAGUAGUUUUAUUAUAUAAUUUUCUGCGGUAACGUAAAUGUCUGUCGCCCGUGCAAUUUUUUUGGAAUAAAAUCGAGAGUGCACAAUCUAAUUGUAUUUAUUUAGGCAACUAUAACUUUGUAAGACUUACUUACAUAGUAAGUUUUCAUUUCUACCUAUACCUAGUGCACAAAGUAAUCGGGAUUAUUUGAAAAAAAUAAUUAUCAGCAAUUUUACUGCGCUUAAGUUUACAUUUCUAUAAAUAUUCGUCAAUUACAUUUUAAGCAAAAAAAAAAACAUCUUGGUACGUUGUCCAAUUUAAGCAUUUUAUUUUUGCAGAUUGUCGUUACAUUGAAAAUGAGCCUUAUUACUUCAAACGCAAAAGCUAUUUGAGAAUGAAGACUAUAUUCGCUAUGUUGUUAAGUAGAUCUUUUAUUGUGGAAUUCUUUCAAAUGUAACAAUAAUCUGAAUAGGCCGAUUUUUCAAGCAUCACUUAACUUUUGUAUGAGGAACAAAUAUGGCGGUUUUGCAUAUUAGCUGUCAAAUACCCCAAAAUAUUCUUCAGAUAAAAGUUCUCUGGUGAUUGAUAAAUCCGGCCCUAAAUUAAUGAUUGGACUAUGUAAAAACGGCUUUUCUUAUUUAAAAUACUGUCUCGAAAUAAGUAUAUGUAUGUGUAUAAAUCUAAGUUAACUAACCACGUCAGUCCAUAUAUCAGGGGCCCGAUUCUCCUAAGUUAAUAAUGUCAAAAUCGAAUAGUAAUAUGAUCGAAAUAGCAGUUUUAACCAUAUCGGGCAUUCUGCUAUUAAUAUAAGACCAAUCGUAUUCCAUCGAGAUUCGAUUGGUUUGCGUUUGGUCUGCUAUUUUGGUGAUUUUGGUCUAUACGGUAGUUAGCUCUAUAAUCAUAUUGCAAUAGUUAAUCAUUUGCAGACAAAAUAAUUCAUUAUUGAAUGACAGACAAGGAUAAAAACGUUUAUUUCAAAGAAAAAAUAGCGGAAUGCCACAUAAGUAGGUACGUUUCAUUCGUAAUCGAGUCGGGAUUGGAUCGCAGUCGAACGUGAAUCGUAUGUUGCUUAAGUAAAAUUAGGAGAAUCGUGCCCCAGGUCUAGUUCAUAAUAGGUAACCAAUGUUGUUGAAUUCAUGUUGUGUGUAUAAAUCGCUCAAAAUACAUAGUUAUUCAUACAUUAUAUGUUAAGGUACUAUAAGGAUUGUUAAUUUAUAUAUACUGGUUUUUAAUUAGUUUUGGUAUAUUUGUGUUGUGUCUCUAUUGUUUACGGUUCUGUUAGAAUUUGAAAGAGAGCACCAAAAAAGGAUUUAUGUUAUUUAUCCAAAAGUCUAUUUGGGAAUAAACUUACAGUUUCUUUUCCAUUUUUUUUGUGGUUCAUUUUGACUUUCAUAAAUACCAAAUGCUGAUUUUUUUUAGUCACUGUUUACUAUCGAUGCUCCUUUCAAAUUGUUUCAUAUUAUAUUUAAAGUUACUGUAGAUAAAAAUUGUAUUACUUUGGUUCAAAAGGGGCCACUAAUUGUUAGUCAAUUAAAAUAAGAAAUCUAUUGUCUGUUGUAACUUGUAAAACAUUUAUUGUUUUUUUUAACAAUAAACUUUUUGAUUUUUAA